ACAUCUUGCCAACACAGACCAGGCACAGUGACCUCCACUGCCCGCCUCCCUCACCUUCCAGCCCUGCCAGCACCUCCAGCUCGUCGGAGAACUGUGCCUCGUAGUCAUCCUCUAUCCCGUACAGAUCGUACUCAUCCAUGUCUCCUCAGUACCCUCGGCACCAGGACAGGAUUCCCGCCAACCACCAGCCUCUUCCUUCCUGGUGACGCCGCGGCCGCCAUCUUGUGUCCUGGCAACUGCAGAGCUCCUCCGAUUGGCUGCUCCCAGGCAAGCUGCGCUGUGAUUGGUCGGCGUUGCUGCAGACGGUCGAGCGCAGUGUUGCCGGGACUGUGUGGUUGAGAGUGGACACCAGUACCUGUGUUGUAAUGGAGCCGGGCAGCAUCGAGAACCUAUCUAUUCUGUAUCAGAGCCUAGACUUCAUUGUGGUUAACAAGCACUGGGACAUCCGUAUAGAUAGCAAGAUGUGGUAUGAGAAGCUGACGGUACAGAGCCAGCUGAAGUACCGGUUUCCCGAGCUGGCUGAUCCGGACACCUACUAUGGAUUCAGGUUCUGCCAUCAACUUGACUUCUCCACCAGUGGGGCUCUUUGUGUCGCCCUCAACAAGGAAGCGGCAGGACGGGCGUACAAGUGCUUUAAGGAGCGCACUGUCACCAAGGUGUACUUGGCCCUGGUCAGGGGCAUCAUUACCGAGAACUGCAUGACCGUCACACUGGCCAUCGGAAGGGACACCCGAGACGGGCUCACUCACAUGAUGUGUGUGGAAGGUACAGAAGGAUGCGAGAAUGCAAAGCCUUGUCAGACCGACCUCAUCGUGCUGCAGCAUGGAUUAUACAAGGGAGAACCCGUCACAAAAGUCCUGCUACAGCCUUUAACGGGCCGGACCCACCAGCUUAGAGUCCAUUGCAGUGCUCUGGAGUAUUCCAUCGUGGGUGACUUCACCUAUAGCCUUAAAAAGGACACCGAGCCAUAUAGGAUGAUGCUUCAUGCCUAUUACCUGCGCAUCCCCACCGACCGCGAGCUCAUUGAAGUCACAGCGCCAGAUCCUUUUCAGCCUGACACUGACCCCAGUUGGGUGCCAACAGAUACUGUUCGCUGUCUGGGCGAUGCCAUGACUGAAAUUAUCAAUAAGGUAUUGGCAUCCGAGAGCAAAGAGCUGGAGAAGAAGCAAAAGGUGGCGAGUCCCGCAGAACAGAAGACAGAAACGAAGCGGGAGCAAGCUGUGUGUCAGCAGUGGUUAGCGGAGUGGGCUUGUGAAUAGUCUUCUUUGUACCUGUUAGUUCUUACAGUAGCUUUAAUCACCAUGGGGUACAAAGCAGUGCCUACGUAACCAUUAGCAACUUAGCAACAGGUUAUACAGUAGUCCCCGGAUCAGCCUGCUCUGGGACCACAAUGCACUGCUUCCAAAGUAUCUUCUGUGUCAAGGCGGUUCACCAGCAAAACUCCAUUUAGUGCUGCUAGCGUAUUUUAAUGCAUCUAUUACUAGGCCAGUCAAAGGAUAUGAUAACAUCACAGUAUGGAAAGUGCGCCUUUAAUUUCCACUUAAUGCUGUGUUUUGCACUGGGGCAGCCAUUAGCGGUGUGGACUUUAAAAUGCACCGAUGGCCCACACGUCAUGGUGGCAGCCAUUUUGUGAUUGCAGCCUAUCACAGAGUCUCAGUCUUGUUGCUUCCUAUCACAGCCUGCAAUCCUGGUGAUGUCACAGGCUCUUAGCGAAAUUGAUUGGUUGCUUUAUUGUGAGUAAUAGUUCAGUCCAAAAGAUGUCUGCCUACAGAUGGUGGAUAUAGCCAAGUGUCUUCCUCUAUGGUUUUCAUGUCCAGAGACAGUUAUCUUUCCCUGAUGUAAAAUUGGUAUUUUGACAGACAGACAUUUUCCACCUUAAAUUGGGAUGUAGUUACUAAAAACACACUAUGGGGGAGAUGUAUCAAACUUUCUAAAGAGGUCUGUUAGAGAAGUUUCCCAACCUGAUUGGUUGCUAUGGGCAACUUCUCCACUUGUCUUCAGAAAUUUUAAAACAUUUGCCUAUAUGGGUGCACACGGGCUCCAGGGGGGCCCGUACCACACACCAUGCACCCAUUUCUCUUCUAUACUUACCUUUCCGGAGUCCAGCGCUGGUAGACGCAGCACUGCAUAAUCACUGGGAAAAUGGGGCAGCGGACAUUUUCCAAGCAUUAUGUGCAUGUGAAUAGGGAAAUCACUGUGAAAAUGGGCGCCGUGCUAUUGCCCAAAGACCUGUGCUUGCACAGCAGACUCUGAGACGGCUCUAGAGGCUACUAGUGCUAGAGCAGCGCUGCCAGCUAGAGAGGAGGGGAGGUGGCCCGGACAGAGGCUGUACAAGGGCCCCCUCCUAUCUUGAUACUCCUCUGCGCCUUAGUGGUAGAUUUUCCAAAUCUUCUAAACAGGAAAUUGAAGGUAUUUCCAGUAGCAGCCAAUCAAAUUCAAGCUUUCAUUGUCUAGCCUGUACUAGAUAUAUUAAACCUGGGAUCUGAUUGGUCGCUAUGGAAUUUACCUUCAAUUUUACUUUACUUUCUAGUAAAUCAAGCCCUUAGUGUGUAUUGUGCAAGUUUGUUUCACGUAUUUGUGUACACUAAUGUACUGAUAAUGGGGGUCAUCCCGAGUUGAUCGCUCGCUACAGUUUUUAGCAGCCAAGCAAAUGCUAUGCCGCCUCCCACUGGGAGUGUAUUUUAGCUUAGCAGAAGUGCGCACGUUUUUAUCGCAGAACGCCUGCAAAAAAUUUUUGUGUAGUUUCAGAGUAGCUCAAAACCUACCCAGAGCUUGCGAUCACUUCAGACUAUUCAGUUCCGGAUUUGACGUCACACACCCGCCCAGCGUUCGCCCAGCCACGCCUGUGUUUUUCCGAACACUCCCUGAAAACGGUCAGUUGCCACCCAGAAACGCCCUCUUCAUGUCUAUCACUCUGCAGCAACCAGUGCGACUGAAAUGCAUCGCUAGACCCUGUGCAAAUCUGCAUCGUUUGUUGUGUCCGUACAUUGCGCGUGCGCAUUGCGCUGCAUGCGCAGAACCGCCUUUUUUUAGCCUGAUCGCCGCGCUGCGAACAAAUGCAGCUAGCGAUCAACUCGGAAUGACCCCCAAUGUGUCCUGACGUUUUUUUUUUUAACUAUUUAUUUUAUUGGUUUUAACUUUUCUUCUCUUAGAUGCAGACAUGUAUCCAAUUUGUAUGGUUUUACCUGUUACUGCUGAAAUUCCCUGAAUGUUCUUAUAAUAUGAUUCCCAAAAAGUGAUUGACAGACUCCCAGCAAUGCGUCACUAUAUUGUACUGUUUUGUUACUAUGGAUAAAAUGUAAUCUUCGCAAGCCCAUAACAACAACCAAUUACCAGGGAACACUAAUGUAGGCUGUAGUUUUUUUUCCGCCUACCAGUAUUUAACCAUUGGCUUCUUAUACCCCUUUCACAUUGCAAAUGCCGGGUCGCACCUGAGAAUUGGAAACGGGUCCUACCCGGGUGCGACCCGGCAUUGGACCCUAACACUCGCUUCCCUGACCCGGCAAUAUGCCAAGUCGGGUUGCUAUUAUUGGCGGAGACCACGGCGGCAUCACGGGCGAGUGCGGAGUUGGCGCUGGGAGAUGAGAUCAUCUCCGCUCCGCCUCUCCCUAUGCAGUGAACGGGUCCCGGGUCGUAUCGAUACAGCAACCCGUUCACACUGCACCUGACCCGGUAUUUGACCCGGGAAUAACACUGCUUUAUUAGCGGGUCAGGCGACCCGGGAAUUCGUCAUGGCUCCUUUCACACUACACAGCGACCCGUGUCGACCCGGCAAUAUAACGGGGCCAUACCUGGUUAUUUGUGCAGUGUGAAUGGGGUAUCAGUCUUCAUUAGGAAACUGCAUCCAAAAAUACAUGAGAGUAAGUAGUGUUCACUCUAGAAUCUGGGCAGGGCAGGGCGACGGACUGUGAGGGGUGGCGUGAGCGACCGGCGGCGUCCCUGUUGGGGGCGUGCCAGCACCUACGGAGGUGCUGGGCUUCCCCCAAGCUCUCUCACAGCGUAAAUGGAUGCCGCGCGCACAUGCGCACGGCAUCUUUACACGUUGGGAGGGCAGGAAGCGGGCGGCUGUUCUAGCAGGGCGCCGCAGAAAGGGCAGGGCGUAUUUUGCCCUUAAAAAAUUGGGCAGGGCGCGGCGCUGCUAAAACAGCCUAGCGUGAACACUAAGUAAGUGUAGGCAGAUGUCCGGGGCAAACAUGAAGUUAGUCUCGCUUUUACUAAACCUAUUUAGGAAAAUAAGAAUAAUUUAAUUUCUUAGGCUCACCGUUUCACAGGGGAACAUAACUGGGUUGGCUCUGCUCAUUACAAGAGUUUUAGGUAGAGGGGCUUAUGGGUAAGCCAUGUUAACCAAUGUGAAAGAACACGCAAAGGUUACAUAGAAAUGUACAGUAAGAUGUGUAUAUUUUCGGAAGAAGAGUAUUUAUUUUUAUGUUGGAUGCAUGACUUUUUCUUUUAAAGUGUAUUUUUUUUUUUUUUAAAGAAAGAAAUUGCCAUGGCUUUUAAACUACAUAAUGCUGCUAUUUUUAUUGUUUUGUAUUAAAAAAAUGUAUAGAGAAAUGAUUUACUGUCUGUUUUGUAAAACGUACAAUGUGUAAAAAGAACCAAGU